GCGGGCAUUUGUUCUCUGGUUUAUUAUUGUAGUCGUCAAGUUGGUCAGUCUGCAAACAGCAGCAGCGUUUUGUUUUGUGGUGUUAUUUGCGUCCGAAUUCUGCGUAAAUGUAAUCUUGUAAUAGAAAUUAAAUAACAUGUAGUUAUUUAGUCGUGUAGAUGUAGUUUCGGGUAUAUUUUUCGUUUUGUGCUGUCAAAAAGUAUCCACGUGUCAUUGUGAUUGUUUGUUUUUUGUAUGCACGUGGUUUUUGGAGUGAAUUCUGGUCGUCGGGAUCAAAAAAACAACAACAACAAACGUCAUGGAGUCGAACAGAUAAGACCCUCCACACGAAAGUAAAACAGAAGAUAGGUUAUCUAAUCGAGAGCCUUCUUGAAAAAUGAUAACGACUAGACAGUGCAGUGCGGGAUUCGGUUCAGGUGAUCGCGACAGUUGGCUCUGAUUCAAUAAUAGAACUUGGUGGCUGAACAGUCGGUCCGCGAUAGCUUCGAUAUAUGCGUGUCUGUUUCGGAGGUCUGUGCUUCUCGUCUGGAAUCAAGGACGAGGAAGCUGGGGCGCCAAUCAACAACGUAAACAACCCCUACUCCAACAUGAUGACCGACAGCGAGGAGUUGAGAUCUCUGCUCGCCCUAAAAGAGGAGAAGAUCGCCGAGCUCACCAAGUUGCUCCAGCAGAGAGACAGGGAGAUCCUUAACCUCAAAUCGCAACUCGACAAGUUUCAGAGCGUCUUGGUGGUAUGCAACCCGGCCAGCCCCAAGCACGUGGGCCUCAACAACAACGUAGGUCUUAGACCUAGAAAGCAAAGGGCCGGUAUAUCCGCCGAACCCCAGAAUGAAGCCUCCAUUCUGGACUUAUCCAAGCAAACCUUCCCAACCAUAUACAAAGAGGAACGAUCUCGAGACCUCAUCAAAGCAGCUAUCUUGGACAAUGAUUUCAUGAAAAAUUUGGAAAUCACACAAAUUAAAGAAAUUGUGGAUUGCAUGUACCCCGAAGAAUAUAAGGCUGAAAGUAUUAUUAUCAAAGAGGGUGAUGUCGGCAGUAUAGUCUACGUUUUAGAAGACGGUUGCGUGGAAGUCUCGCGCGAGAACAAAUUUCUUAGCACGCUCACCCCAGGAAAAGUUCUUGGUGAGUUGGCAAUCCUUUACAACUGUCAAAGGACUGCCACAAUCAAGGCGGCUACCGAUUGCAAGCUAUGGGCCAUCGAAAGGCAAUGUUUCCAAACCAUCAUGAUGAGGACCGGCCUUAUAAGGCAGGCCGAAUACACGGACUUCCUCAAGAGCGUACCAAUAUUCAAAAAUCUUCCCGAAGACACGCUGAUCAAAAUUUCGGACGUCCUGGAAGAGACAUUCUUCAAUUAUGGUGAUUAUAUUAUAAGGCAGGGAGCCAGAGGUGAUACCUUCUUCAUUAUCAGCAAGGGCAGAGUGAAAGUAACCAAAAAGCCCCAGGAGUCCCAGGAAGAAAAGUUCAUUAGAUCAUUGACCAAGGGCGAUUUCUUCGGAGAAAAAGCUCUACAAGGCGAUGACCUUCGUACAGCAAAUAUAAUAGUUGAUGAUCCAGAGGGCGUAUGUUGUCUUGUAAUAGACAGGGAAACAUUCAACCAGCUCAUAUCAAACCUUGACGAAAUCAGGACCAAAUACAAGGACGAAAGUAAUGAUAGAAGAAGGAUAAACGAAGAGUUCGACUCUGUCUCGCUCUGCGAUCUUAAGAUUCUCACCACUUUGGGCGUUGGGGGUUUCGGUCGCGUCGAGUUGGUGCAGAUCCAGGGGAAGCCCACGCGGUCGUUCGCGCUGAAGCAGAUGAAGAAGGCCCAGAUCGUGGAGACGCGCCAGCAGCAGCACAUCAUGUCCGAGAAGGAGAUCAUGGGCGAGGCUAACUGCGAGUUUAUCGUGAAGUUGUACAGGACUUUCAAGGAUGCCAAGUAUUUGUACAUGUUGAUGGAGAGUUGCCUGGGAGGGGAGCUGUGGACGGUGUUGAGGGACAAGGGGUACUUUGAUGAUGCCACCACCAGGUUCUAUACGGCUUGUGUGGUAGAAGCAUUCGACUAUCUGCAUUCCAGGAACAUCAUCUACAGGGAUCUCAAGCCCGAAAAUUUGCUAUUGGACGUGCAAGGUUAUGUAAAACUGGUUGACUUCGGCUUCGCGAAGAAACUGCAAUCCGGUCGGAAAACGUGGACUUUCUGCGGCACACCCGAAUACGUCGCUCCAGAAGUAAUUCUCAACAAAGGCCACGACAUCAGCGCCGACUACUGGUCGCUCGGCGUACUAAUGUUUGAACUUCUCACAGGAACACCUCCUUUUACCGGUUCUGAUCCUAUGAAGACGUACAACAUAAUAUUGAAGGGUAUAGAUGCAAUUGAUUUCCCGAGGAAUAUCACAAGAAACGCGAUGGCGUUAAUUAAAAAGUUGUGCCGCGAUAAUCCGGCGGAACGUUUGGGGUACCAAAAGGGGGGAAUCAGUGAAAUACAAAAGCACAAGUGGUUCGAUGGCUUCAAUUGGGAGGGCCUUGUUAACAGGACACUAACGCCACCUAUCCUUCCUCAAGUGAACCACGUGACAGAUACCUCAAACUUCGACAACUACCCGCCAGAUGCGGACGGUUUGCCGCCGGAUGACACAACCGGCUGGGACGCGAGCUUUUAAGAAAAUUUUAAUUCGUUUUAGAACUAAAUCGAGAGACUUUUUAAUAUAUUUUUCAAUGUGAGACACAGAAACUUGACGGUUUUGUAAGUAAUUUUUUUGGGCGAUUUUCUCGGACAGUUACGAGCGUAAUCAAUUAAUUUAAGAGGAUUGAAUUAAUUUUUUAUGAUUGUGAAAAAAUUGCCCAAAAAUAUUGAAAUUAAAGCGUUUAUACUCAAAAUUUAUUAGCUAAAUUAAUUGUAGGAUAUUAAAAAUGCCUAAAAGUGCCUUAUUAUAAGAAAUUCUUCAGAAUUAUGCAAUAAUUGUGCCAAUAUCUUGCACCAUAAUGACAUUUUACAUGUUUUUAAAAAAAAUUGUUUUAGACCACCGUGCCAUUUUUAUUAUGUUUAUUGUUUGUAAUUUUUAGUGACCCUAAAUGUAAAAGUUACCCUGCUUUUUAUUCUGUACAGUUUAUAAAUUAAUAAUUAGGCAAUAAUAUUGUAAUAUUUUUUAUAUAAGCUAAAAUAUUGUGAAUAUUAUAUUGUAAUUAAUUUGAUAAUAUUGUAUAAUAUAGAAUAAAAUUAAUGAUUGUUAA